UGAAAUUACGUUCGAAAGGUAUUCUAGAGUGCUCUGGAACGCUCUAGGCUAGGUCUCGAAUGCCCUAGCCACGUCCAUACAAUUGAAACCCGAUAGUUGGAGCGUCUGUGGGGUAAAUCUGGUACAACUGAGCUCGGCGCACUGCCAUUUUCAGUUGAGUUCUCCGGUCGUCGGAAAAUGUGCUCUCAAUUUAUAAUAAUAUCCGUCAACUCGUGCCGUAUCUUGAUAUCUACCCUAGUCAAGGAUGUUUAUCUUUGCGCGAUCUAUGGGUUUGAAAUUGUUUACCAAAGCUAAUCUAUUGGCCGUAUCGCAGGUUUUGCUUGCCCUUGAAGGGUUGUCUUCUCCGGCAGCCACCGUAUCUGCAUCCAUCGUCAACUUGGGUUAUGCCCAGUACCAGGGAUCCGUUGACACGGCGACAAAUAUCACCAGUUUUCUUGGAAUACGCUAUGCCGCUCCCCCAGUUGGUGACUUAAGAUGGGCUGCCCCACAGCCCCCACCCACCGUCUCUGGGGUUCAACAAGCUACCACGCAACCAAACGAUUGUAAUCAAGCAGUCAUGGGCGACUCUUUGACGAAUCCGUUGGAAAGCACCUCUAUGAAGAAAAGGGAUGUUAGUCAAUCUGAAGACUGUUUAUUCUUGAAUGUAUACAUUCCUGGAAAUGAAGUGGUGGCCACUCCGGAAGGAGGGCUCCCAGUUGUCGUUUGGAUUCACGGAGGAGGGUAUAUUGAAGGAGCUUCAAGCUCAUAUAAUGGCACAGAUCUAAUUAUAGACUCGAAUUAUGGUGUCAUCACAGUCUUAAUUCAGUAUCGCCUCGGUUUAUUCGGGUUUCUUCCUGGUGAAGCGGUCAAGGAAGGGGGUGCACUCAAUGCUGGACUACUUGACCAGAACUAUGCGUUCCAGUGGGUGCAGGCCCACAUAAGUGACUUCGGUGGUAACCCCAUGGAGGUCACAAUUUGGGGGGAAUCUGCUGGUGCCGGUUCGGUGCUACAGCAUAUCGUUGCUCACGGAGGAAACACGCAACCUCCCCUCUUCAAAACCGCUAUGACGAGUUCUACAUUCUUGCCAUCCCAAUACAACUAUAAUGACCGGAUCCCUGAGCUGUUAUAUAGCGAGGUCGUCAAUGGAACAAACUGUACCUCAAGCUUGGACACCCUUUCUUGUUUGCGCGCUGCUGACGUCGAUACGCUACAGACCUUGAACUAUAACAUCAACAUCAACGGGUUCUUUGGCACGUUCGUAUUUGUCCCUGUUGUGGAUGGCACUUUCAUCUUGGAGAGGCCUACCGUGACGAUAAGGAAAGGUCGUUUGAAUGGCAACUAUCUUCUUGCUAUGACCAAUUCGCAUGAAGGGAACUAUUUCGUCAACCAAUCGAUGACAUUGGAUGUUGCAGAUUAUGUCAAGACGCUUUUCCCGAACUUCGGUUCUACUCAGGUUGCUGGAGCGGUAAUGGUGUACCAAAACUACGGAAGCAACGUUAACCAGGCAAAUCUUGUGAUGGGUGAAUCAAUAUUCGUUUGCCCCACUUAUUAUCUCCUCUCAGCAUUUGGAGAACGAGUUUGGAAAGGCGAGUUUGCAAUCCCGCCUGGCCUGCAUGGAUACGAUGUUCCAUACUAUUUCACCUCGUAUCUGUGAGUUGAAACAAUGAGUCAACCCCUACUCUGACUGUAUACUAUUUCAGAAAUGAUUCUAUGUACAACAAUUCGCAAUUCAUCACUGCUUUCUCAAAUUCAUUCAUGGCUAUGGCCAUGUCCGAGACUCCUGACGACAGGUACACCCCAGGGGAUAUCACACC